ACUGAUGUGUCUUUUUUUGUCUUUAUCUUCAAAACAGCAUCAAUUUGCCUAUAGGUACAAUUGUACAGUUUUUAAAAGUAGGCUGUCAGAUUGUUAGAAAGGUAGGUUGUUUCAAGCAUUUCGGAGAACUUGCCACAGUGUAUUUAAGCUCUCCUGAUUCUUUUUGUCUCAUCAAGUAAUCCAGUCACACUGGUUUCUGCACGCUCUGAGCUGACGGCUGAUUUUCAGAGCUGAAAUGUCAUUUUUUUUUUUACCAUGUUGCUUAAUUUCUUUAACAGCAUAUGAAAUAUCUCACUGGAAUACUUCAUAUUAAGUGUUCUCUUAAGUUCCAGUUCACUUAAUAACCAGUUGCUGUUCUUAGAGCACAGAGACAAUUUAGUAGUCCUCCUCCUAUGUGAACCUGUAUUUUAUAAGCCUUGUGUUGAACCAUAAUGCAUGGCUUCAAAAGUUGAACACAGAGUUGGAAAGUCAUCUAGUUCCAUUGUGUAAUGUUUUACAGCCAUUGGGUUUCUGCCGACAGUGUUUCAUCAGCCCGCCCGAGCUAAUAUUUAAUUGCUAGCAUGAUGCCGCAGCAAUACUACACUGUUUACCUCUGAAACUGUCAUUCCACCAACAUGAAGGGCAUCACGAUGCUGGUGUGUCUCAGCUGUGGCUUGUUGUCCAGCGCUCAACUUGAGCAUGGCAAGAACAGGCUCGCGACAGGAGACACCAAGAGCCUGUCUCCAAGCACACGCGAUGAGACCAUUGAAAAUGAGAUCGAAAUCGAGCUGUCCGGUGGGCAUGGGAAUGUAGCAAUUUUAAUGAAACUAUCUGCCUUGGACUGGAGACUCAGGACCAGUGAGAGAAGGCUUGAGGAGCUUCAGAGAGAGAAUAAAGCCCAAGCGUCCGCACUGAGAGAGAUGGAGAGGAGGCUGACCUAUCGACUGAUCAAAUCGGAGACCGGUGUGAAGGAAAUGGGCAGGAACCUCUCAGAGAGACCCAAGAUUGCCUUCUCAGCCUCAGUAGGAGGAGUGGGGAACAGUGGACCGUACAACACAGACACAACGCUGCUCUUCAAAGAUGUCAUUACCAACAUAGGGAAUGCUUACAGACCUGCUACAGGUAUCUUCACAGCCCCAGUGGAUGGAGUCUAUCUCUUCUCCCUCUUCGAGUGCUCACUGUCCCCACAGCCUGCAUCCCUGUCUCUACACAAGAACGAGGAGAUGAUUGUGAGCGUGGCCAAGCGGAGAUCCCAACACGAGGGCGCAGAGAACGGGUCCAAUGCAGUCACCCUGCAGCUGGAGCAGGGAGACCAGGUCUACGUGCGUCUGUGGAAGGACUCGUGGGUCUACGACAGCACAGCCCACUUCACCACCUUCAGUGGCACCCUGCUCUUCAGCUUGUGAGAAUGACAAAGUUCAUUUCCUCGAUAGGAACACAAUGAAAAGUGUUUAUUUUUUUGCCCUGUUUUAUGUCAAUGCUGGUCCACAUAAGCUGUCCACAAGUAUAAUUAUCACAGUCAGUAUUCAUCAGGUAGAAGCCAAGGGAUGUUUGAUGAAUGAGAGCAAAAAGGAAGUUCUCAGAUUAUUUACUGUAGUUCCUUUUUUAUGUAGUUGCAUUUGCAACGCUGAUUUUAGCAUACCUGGAUAAUGCCAUGUGUUAGCACCAGCGUAUCAUUAUAAACAAAUAAAUCGAAUAAAGUUUA